GUCCAGCCCUCCGGCCCUCCCCCGCUGUACAGCACUACCCCACAAAGACGCACUCAUAGCUGGGGAGCUGCGCCCGUUACCCCCGUUAGUUACAGGUCCUAUGAAAGUUCUUACAAAAAGUGCAAGAUUUAUCCCAUAAUUACUUUCUAAGAGCUUUUCAAAACCCACAGUGGUGCACAUCACGUAUUAGUAUGGAAAUCUCCAUCCUUUCCGCUGUGCUCCUGCUGUUCCUGAGUCAUGAUGUUGUACCUGUAAGUGUGAGCACCACGAAAUCCACAGUGGAAGUUCUUGAGAACGAAGAUGCGGUAUUAUCUUGUGAAUUUAAGACAGAGGUGGAUGACAAACCUCGAAUUGAAUGGAAGAAAAGGGGCAAAGACGUGUCCCUCAUCUACUACCAGAACAAAUUUACAGGGGACUUUGUAGGGCGUGCUAAGAUCAGUGGGGCAACAAUAACACUCAGCGACGUCACCUACAAGGACGCGGGGGUGUACCAGUGUGAAGUCGCUGCAGCUCUGGAUAAAGUCACGCUAGGAGAAACCAACGUCACCCUAAGAGUACUGGUGGCCCCUGCCACUCCCACCUGUGAGAUUCCCAGCUCAGCACUGUCUGGGACGGUGGUGGAACUGCACUGCAAGGACAAGCAUAGUGUCCCCCCCGCGAAAUACAAGUGGUUUAAGGACAACAAGCCGCUCGGCCCCAGCGGCACAGCCAACUUGACCUACACCCUAGACAUCAACAGUGGAACUCUGCGCUUUUCGGCAGUCUCCCGGGCCAACUCUGGACUGUACCACUGCGAGGCAGAGAAUGGGGUGGGAAUGCCAAAGAGCUGCAAGGCGCAGGAAAUGCUGAUCGGUGACCUCAACGUGCCGCUGAUUGCCGCUGCCGCCGUUGGGGCCAUCUUGGCCCUCUGCUUGUGCAUCCUGGGGCUUUUCUAUGCACGUCGGAAGGGCAUCUGCAGGAAAGACCACAGAGGAAACCGAAAUAAGAUGUACAGCUACUCGGGACAACAUUCUCAGGACUUCAAACAUACUCAAUCCUUCAUGCUGUGACCCAUGACUGCAUCUUCCGUUCCCAUGGAAACAGCAGAACAUCAAACCACUAAUGACUGACCAAGCCCAGCUUUGCCAAUAAAUCAGACACAUUGUGGUAUUUAACUUAAUCGCACGGAGCAUGGACAACAAAAUGGAACAGACUGUCCUUGUAUGCGUCCUACUAUAUAGAUGUGUACCACAGGAAGAAUGUUCUGCCGCCAUCUAGUGGGCCACCUAUAAAACAAACCGUUCAAUCUUUGCACAGCCAAUCACCCUAAAGAAAAACUGAUUUAAAUACCUGUUUGAAAAAUGCACUGUUAAGCUUUUUAAAGUGUGAUUAAUUGUGCAGAAGCUGUCAUUAAAAGAAUCCUUUCAAUAUUGCUUCCUGUAACUAGAGACAAUUGUAAUAAUUCAAGCACAAAACUAAUCAACUUCAGAUGUUGAUUGGCAAUUUGCAAAAUGCUUCAGUGUGAUACAGGGAGAUUUCUUUUCAGUGCUAAUUCCGUACUUAUACUUUACCUAUAAAUGAAAUGGACAUUGAUGAUGAAUGGUAUAUAUGUUUUUAUUAUUUGAAACACUGUUGAUUUGAAGUGACCUGCUUAAGUAAUUCUUGAAUGUAUGAAUUAAUUGUAAAGGAAGAACUUAUAUCUCCAUCAGAACUCUUGGAUGUGGAAUCAGUAUUAAAUCCAUUUUCUUAAAAAAGUCUUACUUGUUAUGUGUUGUACAGUUCAAAGCAUUUGAUAAGGGUGAAAUCAAAACUAGGAUACAAAUUCCAAUAUAACAAAAAAUAUGCAGUUUAAAAGUUCCUUUAUGAAAAUAAUUACUGCAAAUUCUUUAUGUGUAUGUUAAAAUUUUAAUAUGUCAGUCCCUUAGCUGGUAAACAUCAUUAUCGUGGUCUUCAUUCUAUCUCUAUGAGUACACACAACAUAUACAGAACAUGAUAGGGGAGAUUGGGGCUGGUUGGCACAGCAAUAAUUUCUAAGGGAGUAGAAAGAGCUUUUGCAAAAAUCCAACAUUAGAUGAUGUGUCCACAUGAACAUUUUUCCAUCUCGUCGAGAUUGGAUGGCUGCACACUGCUAUAUACAGUAGCACUUUUGUGUU